UACUGUGUUCUUUUUUUAUGUUUCAGAUUUUCUUAAAUAACAUAAAUGGCUGAAGAAGUAGUAGAUUUUGAAGUUGCUCGUAGAAAAAUGAAAAAAUGGAGAGAUGAAGGUUAUCGCAAUAGUGAUGAAAUUGUUGACCUGGGUGAAUGUUUAAUUUAUGAAUAUGCAAAUAAACUUGGGGAUGAAUUAUGGGUAUUAUAUGAACAAGUAUGUAUUGCUGCCUAUGACUGCAGUAGAAUUGAUUUGGCUGUUAACUGUUUGCGUGCUUUAGACAAGCAAUUUCCAUCUGGAAAUAGAGUGCUUCGUUUAAGAGCUAUGCGUAAGGAAGCAUUAAAGCAAUUUGCAGAUGCAGAGAAAAUCUACAAGAUAAUGCUUGAGGAUGAUCCUGCAAAUCUCCAUGUUCGCAAACGUUUAAUUACUAUCCAGAAGUCUCAAAACAGAAUUGAAGCGGCAAUUCAAUCCUUGAACGAGUAUCUGAAAGAAUUUAUGGGUGAUCAGGAGGCAUGGAUGGAAUUGUGUGAGUUGUAUAUUCACCAACAAGAAUAUGCGAAAGCAGCUUUUUGUAUGGAAGAGUUGAUUUUAUCACAUCCACAUAACCACUUGUAUCACCAACGCUAUGCAGAAAUUCAUUACACCAUGGGAAUGCCAGACAGUUUGGAAAAGGCAAAAAAAUAUUUUGCACAAGCUUUGAAGCUUGAUCCUAACAAUGUUAGGGCUUUGUAUGGCCUGUACUUAGCAGCUACAAAUUCAGUAACCAGUAAAACUGCAAGUAGUAUGAAGAAGAAGAAUAUUAACAUGUCACAAUGGACAGUGCAGCAAGUCAUGGAUCUGUUUGACAUGAAUGUUAGUGAAAAUCAGAAACAAACAUUAACAGAUAUGUUUGAUAACAUGCAGCUUUCGUUACCAUCAACUGUACCUGAAUAACAUGUAUAAUUUACGUUAGAUUAAAUUCUAGGAAAUAAUUUUACGUAGUAAUAAAAAUAUACAUGAGUUGUCAUACAAAAUGUGAUAUAUUAUAUUAACCGGCUCAUCUUGAAGGGAAAUUAAGCUUUAUAUAUUAUUUUGUUCAUAGUUAAAAUUAAAUGAUGGCUUAUUAUAUUUCAAAAUUAUGGCGAAGAGCCUCUUGGCAAAAAAAAAGCUCCCAGGAAGAAGAACAAAAAAAAAAUGUUUUGAAAUAGUGUGUUAGAUUUAUUCUUGUCUUUCCAAAUUUGGUUUACAACUUCAAUGUAACGAUUAUUCAAAAUUAUUUUGCUUUGUUUGACAAAGACACUAUAAUUGUUCUGUAAAGGUUUAUGUUUUUUAAGAAGUUACACAGCAAUUCUUAAAUCAAAUUUCAGAUAUAUAUAACCAUUGCACUAAACAAACAGAAAUUAUUUUACUUUUUUGAGUUUUGUUGCUGCUGAAAUAUCAAUGGAGUUUUUCUGUCAAAACAUUUUUUUAUUUUUCAACAGCUUAAUUUCCCUUUACAGUAUUUUAAACAAAAUUUGAAUGUUGUGUAAUUUACGUUUUCCUUAUCGUAUUCUUCGUUUAUAUAUAUUUUAACUUAAACUAGUAAAUUGAGGGUCAAACUCCUGUACCAUCGACAGAAUGCUUGCUAGCAUUAACUCGA